AUGAGCUCUUUCAUGGACGCUUCGGCGAGACUGCACUUGAUGAAACAUUUCGAAGGAGACCCUACUAUGCAAACUAUUAUGGAGUAUGGUCGUAUGGCCCAAAUGACUCAAGAUGAAGUGAUACGAUAUUUAGAUAUAAUUGGAAAUAAGCAAUGGGAGGCAAUGAAACAGCAGUAUGGGAUAAAGGCGGUUCAUGGCCCCAGCGAGUCUAGUGACGAAGAAAGUAAUGCUGACAAGCGAGCAGAAUUACUCUCACAUAAGAUUGUAAAAGUAAAAUCAGAAGAGAAGCGCCUCAAGAAGCUGGUAUGUAUUUGGGAAUGUUAA